AUGGGUCUUCCAACACCAUUUUGUAGGUCAUUUAUGCCAAAAGAAGAAACUACAUUUGCACUUGAAAAUGAAACUUGUGAGAAAUGGGAAGUCAAAUAUAUCGCAUACAAAAAUGGGAUUAGUGCAGGGUGGAAAAGUUUUGUGGUUGCACAUGACUUGAUUGAAGGAGAUGUUUUGGUGUUUCAUUUAAUGGAAGCUUUUAAGUUUAAGGUUUACAUAAUAAAAGCAAGUGAAUCGAAUGAAGUUGAUGUUACUCCAUCACCUAAACCAAAGAAACGCAAGCUUUCUUUAACCAUGGUAAAAGAGAAGCAUAAAAAGUCAACCCCUUUAUUAGUUAAAGCUAUUGAGAUUUUAGAACAUUCCGAAACCAACAACAAAGAUAUUGGGCCAGAAGUUCUAGAACCUUCCACCACACCCUUCCAAGACCUUAAAUCUUUCGAACACUUUCGCAUCAAAGUCAACGGUCAAUGCAUUGACUCUGAGCUUUCAGAAGAAGUCAAACUAGGUUACUACAAAUUAUGCAUUCACAAAAAACAAUUCCUCCACGAUGAUGUUCACAAAAAUCUAUAUCACAAACUCGUAGUGGGCAUGAUUGGUGAAACUGUAAAUAUUGCAAAAUCGGAAUUUGGGGUGGAUUUGAAAAGAUAUGUGGAGGCGAAAAAGAAUGAGAAAUUAAUUGAAGAUGAGAUUGUUAAAGUUAAAGUGAAGCUUUUGGAGUUGAAAAUAAAGGCCAAGGGGCUUUUAGGGUGUUUGAAAGAUAAGGCUGAGAAAUAUAUGAUUAAGUUUCAGGAUGAGGUUGAUGUGCCAUGUUAG